UCUUCACACUUGGCCAAUAGAAAUACACAGCUCUGAAAUACAGCAAUUAAAACUUGGUACAAAGAUAGUACAUAUCAAUGCUUGUUAGAUUAAGUUUUUUUUAUUAAAUGUGAAUAACAUUUUUUUCCGAAAGUAGAAUAGUUGAGUCUAAAAAGGAGGACCAGUAUGGAUUCUUCAAGCAAUGGAGAUUCUGGUAUUUUACCAGUGGAUCCUGUGUCAAAUUGUUCCCCGGGGGACCUACCUAACACCCCUUCUGAAGAUGUUCUGAACAUGGAUACUCUCUCAAAUGAACACAAGAACAAUCGGUUGUUGGAUGCAGACGAUCAGACUCCGGAAUCUGAAUCUCCCUGUUCAAAUUCAACAAAUUCAGAGUUGUUGUCUGGUAAAAAUUUAACUUUCUCGCCGGAACAUGUAGCGUGUGUUUGUGAAGCCCUGCAGCAGAAGGGAGACAUUGAGAGACUGGGGCGAUUUUUGUGGUCCCUUCCUCCCAGUGAAUUGCUGAGGGGGAGUGAAGCUGUGCUCAAAGCAAGAGCCACUGUGGCCUUUCACCGCGGGGGCUACAGGGAACUAUACGCCAUCCUGGAAAGUCACAAAUUCGAUGAGACCAAUCAUGCUUUUCUUCAGCAACUGUGGUACAAAGCACAUUAUAUGGAGGCCCAGAAAAUUCGAGGAAGGCCUUUAGGGGCAGUGGAUAAGUAUCGUUUACGUAGGAAGUACCCUUUACCUAAAACAAUCUGGGAUGGAGAAGAAACUAUAUACUGUUUUAAAGAGAAAUCACGACAGUCUUUGAAAGAGUGCUAUAAAAGCAACAGGUACCCCACUCCUGAUGAAAAGCGGAAUUUAGCCAAGAAAACGGGAUUGACUUUAACACAAGUCAGUAACUGGUUCAAAAACCGCAGGCAAAGAGACCGGACCCCUCAUCAGAACCCAGGGAAAGAAAUGUUGGAAGAAAGUAUGAUGCAUUCGUUUGGACACCACCAAACACACCACCAUCAACAACUUCACCACCAACAUCCACAACAAAUGUGUAACAACGGACAAAUGAUGAUACCACAUGAUUACGGAAGUGAUCUCAUGUCCGCCAAAAUGUUAGACGCGCGCCUCCAAGAUGACGUCAGAGUGCAUCCAAGAGUUUACGUCAAAAACGAACCCUUGGCCCCCUCAUACCUUCGUCCCCCACCCUUCGACCAUUCUCACCACAGGUUUCCACAUACCAUUCCUCCCGUCUGAGAGCGACCCACGCGCCAUCUGGCGUUCUUCUGAGUCUCCUGAAUGUUUAACUUGUAGAUUUUGCCUCGUCACUUGUUACUUGAUACUCGGGAUCUACUGAUAACUCUUGCCUUUUUAACUUCACUGUGAAGAAAAUUACAAUUCAGUGAUGGUCGGACUAUGUGACUGCAUUCCAAAUUAUUGAGGGCAUAUUUUUACCACCAUUAGUCUGCAUUUUUGACAUUUAGUGCUAUUUUUGUGCUCGCGAUUUCAUUUUGUUUGCACUCAUUUUGACAUUGUAUAUUUUGUUGUUAUACGCUAAUUUUUUUUUAGAAGUAGGUCGAUGAUUUUUUAAAGCUAAAUGAUUAUUAUAUUAGUAUGCUUAUACAUUAUAAGCAGUUAAAAAGGAUGUGAGGAAAAAUGAAGAAAGUAGGACGGUUACACUUUCAUAGACAAAUGUCUCUCGCCUAGUGAAAGAUAAGUCUGGAUUUUUUUUCAAACUGAAACACGAAGAUAUAUUGAAGCUACAAUGUAUUUAAUAUGUCAACAUAAGAUGUAUAUCGAAGAAAAACAUACACUUUUUUCCCUAUUUUUAGUUGAUUCAAUCACGAAAUAAGGCAGCAUUUAUUCCACAACAUACACAAAAAAUAACCAAAAACGCCUGAUAAACACAACAUACAUGUAUUUUCAACAUUUGGUGUAGUUUCAUUUUCUUAGAAUUAUUUUUCUCCAAUGAAAUUUGAAAAAAAAGCAUUCCAAUCAAGGAAAUUGGAAUAUAAUAACCUGAGCAGUAUUCUUUCUUUAUUUAAAUUAAAAGGUAUUUUCUAAAAGUGAAAUUCCAUGAAUCAUAUACAAUUCUACAGAAAAUUUAGGUUUUCUUUUUCGAAAUACUACUGAGUUAUGCAUCCUAAAUAUAUCAUUAAAACGUUAUUUUUUUUUUACAGAAACUACAAAUGUAUUAAAAACAUGUAAUAUUUAGUAGAUUUCACGAAAAGAGGAAACUUAAUAUAUUCAUUAAAAAGGAAAUAUGCUCAGCAGCGUUCAAAAAUAAUGAAAUAUACACAAAUUUUGAUUUCCAAUUAAAUUGAUCAACUUUCUGGGGGUUUUUUU